AACACAUAUUCACACUAUUUUUUUGCUCAAGUAUAAGCAAUAAUUGACUGCAGCAUGUCUUCAAUCAAGCAGUGGACUACCUCCCUUCAGGGCUUGGAUACCCUUCAAUUGAGCGAAGCUCCAAAACCCACCGCAGGCAAAGGCGAGGUCCUCGUCGAGAUUCGGGCCGUCUCUCUAAAUUACCGCGAUUUCGAAGUAUGCAGCGGAGAAUACAACCACCACCGCUCCGUCAGCCAGGACAAAGCCUCUCUCGUCCCCUGCUCAGAUAUGUGCGGGGUUAUCGCGGAAGUUGGGGACGGGGUCACAAGCUGGAAAAAGGGCGACCGCGUACUUUCCACGUUCCUGCCAGACCACCAGACUGGUCAGGUAACUGAGAAGAUGAUGGCGACAGGGAUGGGUCUUCCGCAGUCUGGUGUUCUGGCGACGCACCGCGCUUUCCCGGAGCAUGCGCUUGUAAGGGCCCCGAACUAUCUGUCUGAUGAGGAGGCGAGUACGCUUCCGAUUGCGGCGGUGACGGCUUGGAUGUCGAUUAAUGGGAUGAGGCCAAUGGGGGCGCCUGGUGGAAAGGGGGAGUAUGUGCUUCUCCAGGGGACCGGGGGUGUGGCCGUUUCGGGACUGCAGAUUGGGAAGGCUUCUGGGGCGAAGGUGAUUAUUACGUCUUCGUCGGAUGAAAAGCUGGAGAUGGCGAAGAAGCUAGGCGCCGACUACACCAUCAACUACCGCACGAACCCGAACUGGGAGGAGGACGUAAUGCGCUUGACGGACCAGCAUGGAGCAGAUAUUAUCCUGGAAACAGGUGGAGCGCAGACACUCAAGAAGAGCUUCGACUGCAUCGCCUGGGGCGGGUUGAUUGAUUGCAUUGGAUACCUGUCUGGAAAAGUGGACGCGCCUGAAGAUAGGACAAACGUGAAUCUUCUGGCCCUACGUCGCAAUGUAACACUGAAGGGAAUCAUCAAUGGUCCCAGGGAUCGGUUUGAGGAAAUGAAUGCGUUUUACGAGAAGCACAACAUCAAACCUGUGGUAAACCGGGUUUUCUCGUUCAAGGAGGCACCAGAGGCUUUCAAGUUCCUGGCCAACGGCUCGCAUUUUGGUAAAGUUGUUAUCAAGACUACAUAAUGGCCCUAUAUCCAGAUAUGAAAUAAUGACAAUUCUUCCAUACUGAACCAAUCAUCGUCUUGUUAUGUCUGGAAGGAUCCUUAAGAACUAUUCAGGACACCAUCACCCUUGGCCUGGGUAAGGUCCUCACCCAAUUCCUGCCCCCCAACGACCAAAGGCUUGCAAUCCUGCAGCACAAACAACAUCCUUGUCCACUCCUUUUCCUGCGGAUUGCGCCAGCCAUGCAUGGUGGCCCUCUGCACAGCAACAUCACCCCUCUUCAACACCCUCGUCUCGCCAGAGUCAAGAAUCAUUUCAAUCUCCCCCUCAAGAACAACCCCAUAAUCCAAACUCUGCGUCCGGUGCAUAAGCGGUGCAGACUUUGGCGCAAAGUCGACCUCGCGCACCACGGUUCCACCCUUUUUAACCAAACCCAGGGUACCCGAGGCUGCGACGCGCUCGUGUGCUUUCAGAUCGGCAUCGCCGUUGAGAUCG